CAAGCACGUUCCUUUCCCCUCCCAGCUCAGGCCCCAUCUAAAAGGCAGAGACAGCUCCGGAACUUUUCUGCCACUUGCUGAGAAGAACAACCUGCCUCCUUACUACCCCCGCCCCCUUUCCGCUGCCCUGCAGACUCGGGAAUAGGGUGGAGAGGAAGGAGAGGGCUGAGACUGAAGGCUAGUCCUUCUGAUCCACCUUGCGCCCAGACUGUGCGUGUCAAAAGUAACCGACUAUGGGGAAACAUUGAUGAACUUGCCGAGCAGGCCCUGAAAGGAGACACAGGAAGACAUCCGCGGAUCCAGGAGAAGAGAGGGGUACCGUUGGCCAGAAAAGAGGAGGAGGUAAAGGAGGAGGAGGCAGUGGUGGUGAAAAGGCUGAUUGUACAGCCCCAACGGACCUGAGCGCAGUAAUGUCAACAUGAUGUUUUACACAAGUCGAAUGUGGAGCUGUCAUUGGAAAUGGAAGCUUCUGGCCCUUCUUACUCUAUAUGCUGUUUGUGUGCAUCAUUCAGUUUGGGGCUGUGCCAACUGCAGGGUGACGCUCUCCAAUCCUUCUGGGAUUUUCACCUCUCCAUGCUAUCCCAACGAAUACCCAAACAGCCAGGUUUGCAUGUGGACACUCCGAGCUCCAACUGGAUACAUCAUUCAGAUAACAUUUAACGAUUUUGAUAUUGAAGAAGCUCCCAACUGCAUUUAUGAUUCAUUAUCCCUUGACAAUGGAGAAAGCCAGACUAAAUUUUGUGGAGCAACUGCCAAAGGUUUAUCAUUUAACUCAAGUGCGAAUGAGAUGCAUGUGUCCUUUUCAAGUGACUUUAGCAUCCAGAAGAAAGGCUUCAAUGCCAGCUACAUCAGGGUUGCUGUGUCCCUGAGGAAUCAGAAAGUCAUUAUUCCCCAGACCACAGAUGCUAACCGGGUGUCUGUUGCAAAAACUGUCUCGAUUCCAGAACUCAGUGCAUUCACUGUGUGCUUCGAAGCAACGAAAAUUGGCAAUGAAGACAAUGACUGGAUAGCUUUCUCCUACUCAGAUGCUUUAUCAACACCAUUAUUGAGCUUUGGAAAGGUCAAAAGGGGCUACUUCCUCUCUAUCUCUGGUGUGGAAUGCUUGCUAAACAAGGUGUUAUUGGUAGAUUCAAGUGAAGACAUUUUCACAGAAAACUUUGAACAACUGUGCCUAACUUGGAACAGUUCUUUAGGCUCUGUCAGCGUGAAUUUCAAAAGGAGCUAUGAAACAGUUAUAUGCAAUUCUACGAUUAGCAAGGUUAUUCCUGGGAAUGGGAAAUUGCUGCUGGGCUCCAACCAAAAUGAAAUUGCCUCUUUAAAAGGGGACAUUUACAACUUUCGUCUUUGGAAUUUUACCAUGAAUUCCAAAACUCUGUCCAACCUCAGCUGUAAUGUGAAAGGGAACGUUGUCGACUGGCAAAAUGAUUUUUGGAAUAUCCCGACCUCAGUUCUGAAAGCUGAAAACAACCUAAGUUGUGGUUCAUACCUGGUUCCACUGCCAGCACCAGAACCCACUAGCUGUGCAGACCUGGGAACACUUUGUCAAGCUACUGUAAACUCUCCUACUACAUCACCCAUUGUCAUCACUAACAUGCCUGUUACUAAUAGAGUCGAUAACCAAAGGAAUGAUGGCAUAAUUUACCGGGUUUCGAUGAUUAUUCAAAACAUUCUACGUCAACCUGAGGUCAAAGUACAGAGCAAGGUUGCAGAAUGGCUCAACUCUACUUUUCAGAAUUGGAAUUAUACAGUCUAUGUGGUCAAUAUAAGUCUUCAUGUGCCCACUGGAGAAGAGAAGAUAAAAGUCAAAAGAAGUAUAGAAGAUGACCAAAGGUUGAUGAUUUUGGCCCUUUUAGUUUAUAAUGCUACCAACAGCAUCAGCUUGGAAGGCCAAGUCAUUCAGCAGAAGCUGUUAGGAAGCAAUGAAUCCUUAGGUGAUGGCUUGAGGCUACACGCUGUCAGUGUGAAGCAAAUUGGGACAUGUCCAGAAAAUGAACAACCUGAAGGCUAUAAAUGGUCAACCACAAAACCAGCUGUCCAAACACAACCAUGUAAGGGGAAACCUGGCUAUUUUGCAACAAGAACUUGCCAUCAGGAUACCACAAACAAAACCUACUGGGGACCUCCUGAUUUAACCAAUUGUGCCGGAAUAACGGAUGAAAUAGCCAAUGACCUUCUAAAUUUCACUAGUGAUGGACAGACCCUUACAUCAGCCAACAUAACCAGUAUUGUGGAAUACCUCAAAAAAAUUGUAAAUAAUGAAGAAAACAUUGAUAUAACUUUGGGAUCAACUGUAAUGACCAUAUUUUCCAAUAUCUUGACUAGUUCAGACACUGAAUUGCUGGAGUCUUCUUCUGAGGCUUUAAAAACAAUCGAUGAGUUGGCUUUUAAGAUAAAGCUAAAUAAUGAAGUACCUGUUAACAUUACAACUCGAAAUCUGGCUCUUGGGGUAUCAUCUCUGACUCCAGAAACAUAUGAAGGCUCAACUUUCAGUAUUGGUCUCCCAAAUAGUAAUGAUUCAUAUUUCCAGAUGGAUUUUGAGACAGGUCAAGUGAAUUCUUUGGCUUCUGUCAUUUUGCCCCGAAGUUUACUUAUGAAUUUAAGUAAAGAAGAAUCUGAAUCAGUUAAAAGAGCUCAAUUUACGUUCUUCAACAAAACUGGACUUUUCCAGGAUGUAGAGACUCAGCGAGACAAGCUAGUGAGCUAUGUGAUGGCGUGCAGUAUUGGAAACAUUAGUAUCCGGGAUCUUCAGGAACCUGUCCAGGUUAUAAUCAAACAUACACGAAAUCAGGUGCUUCAUCCCAUCUGUGUCUUCUGGGAUUUGAAUAAAAACAAAGGUUUUGGUGGCUGGAACACAUCAGGCUGUGUUGCACACAGAGACUCAAAUGAAAGCAAGACAGUGUGCUUGUGUAACCACCUCACCCACUUUGGGGUUCUGAUGGACCUUCAAGGAACUGCCUCACAGAUAGAUACACGAAACACCAAAGUCCUGACCUUUAUUACUUACAUUGGCUGUGGAGUUUCCGCCAUAUUUUCAGCUGCAACUCUCUUAACAUAUGUUGCUUUUGAAAAACUACGGAGAGAUUAUCCCUCCAAAAUCUUGAUGAAUCUUAGUACUGCCCUAUUGUUUCUCAAUUUAAUCUUCCUCCUUGAUGGUUGGAUCACCUCAUUUGACAUUGAUGGACUCUGUGUAGCUGUUGCAGCCCUUCUGCAUUUCUUCCUUCUGGCCACCUUCACAUGGAUGGGCUUGGAGGCAGUUCACAUGUACAUUGCUCUGGUUAAAGUAUUCAAUACUUACAUUCGCCGGUACAUAUUGAAAUUCUGCAUCAUUGGCUGGGGUUUGCCUGCUCUGGUGGUAACCAUUGUUCUAGCAAGUAGAAAUACAAAUGCAAAUGAAAUAUAUGGGAAAGAAAGUUAUGGACAAGACAUCAAGGGACAAGGCAAUGAGUUCUGUUGGAUCCAGGAUCCAGUGGUGUUUUAUGUGACCUGUGCUGGUUAUUUUGGAGUCAUGUUUCUCUUGAAUGUUGCCAUGUUCAUUGUGGUAAUGGUGCAGAUCUGUGGGAGGAAUGGGAAAAGAAGCAACAGGACCCUUCGAGAAGAGAUUCUGAGGAACCUCCGGAGUGUGGUUAGCCUCACCUUUCUGUUAGGCAUGACCUGGGGAUUUGCCUUCUUUGCCUGGGGACCCUUAAACAUUGCUUUCAUGUACCUCUUCUCCAUCUUCAAUUCAUUACAAGGGUUAUUUAUAUUUGUAUUCCACUGUGCUAUGAAAGAGAAUGUUCAGAAACAAUGGAGAAGACAUCUGUGCUGUGGAAGAUUUCGUUUAGCAGACAACUCAGACUGGAGCAAGACAGCUACUAAUAUCAUCAAGAAAAGUUCAGAUAAUCUGGGGAAGUCAUUGUCAUCAAGCUCCAUUGGCUCCAACUCGACCUAUCUUACAUCCAAAUCUAAAUCCAAUUCCACUACAUACUUCAAAAGAAACAGCCAUCCUGAGAGUGUUUUUGUGGACAAGUCCUCAUCAAAAUUUACCCAUCCGGAUGGAGAACAAACAUCAAUCAUCCCUGUCCAUCAGGUCAUUGACAAGGUCAAGGGUUACUGCAACGCUCACUCAGACAACUUCUACAAAAACAUCAUCAUGUCAGACACUUUUGGCCACAGCACAAAGUUUUAAUUGGGUCUUAUUACAAACAUAGAAAUCGGCUCCCACCCACAAAUAGAUUUUGGCCCACAGGCAAAGCAAAGAGUAGAACUCCCAAAUGUAAAUGUGCCAUUACCUAGGUAAUACUAUAUAUUGGAAAGAUAUGUUUUUAUUACAAAUACUAUUGUGAAAUAUAUGAUGGAGCUCAUCUGUGCCUUUCCCCCAUGUUGGAAUCUUCGACCAUCCCCUAAACCUCAGCUCUCUGACAGCAACAUGAGUCAAUUGCCACAGGGAACACUACAUAUUUUUAUAGUUGAAUCACACCAAUCAGAAAUGAAGAAUAUUUAAAAGCCAGAAGAGAAGGAAAAAAGAACAGUCAAAAAUCGAUCCCAGUUCAGAACUUACACUGAUGUUGAAUUGUUUUGGACAUUAUCGUUUGCUACACAUUCUUCCCCUACAUGGAAGGAAACAUGAAUUUUCAUCACCAUAUGUGGCUGGUUUCCUAUGAGUUCUUCCCCAGUGUUGAUUCCAUAUUUCCUUCAUAUGCCUGGCUUGUAAGUGAAAUUUCAGUCAGAUAAAAACAUACUUUUUAAUACUGUUAUCCAAAGAUUACAAAGGAUCAUUUAUUACUUUAUUUUUUACUAUACCAAAGCUAGUUGUUUAACACUUUAGCUUCUUAAAUGAGCUUCUCCAACAUCUAUACCCUUGUCAACAGCAUGCCAAAUUUUGAGAUGUCUCACAGUUUCUCAUGUAAUUUAUAAACCACCAUCAGACAAUAUAAUGUAAGCAUUGCAAGUUAAAGAAGUGUCAGGGUUCACAUUUUACCAGUACAUUCCUCCUAGAGAGUACCAAACAGCUCAAUUAAGACACCUCUUUCUCCUUUUUAAAUUAUAAUUGGGAAUGCCGAAGGGCAAAGAUGAUUCCAUCUCUGGACACAGUUACCACCAUUUUAAGGAACGUGACAUAAAGAGAAAGGAGCCAAGGUCAUACCCCUUCAGAAGCUGGACCACGGUUUUAUAUUUAUAUAUACAUAUAUGUGGAAAAUCCUAUUAUCUUCCAAGCCAACUGAUUUUUCCCUACUUUCAUGGGGGACAGAAUAUUAGCUAUAUAUCCCCUCUGUUCCCUUAUUCUAAAACAUGGAAGGGUUUAAAGUGUACACACUGGGAAUCCAGCCAGCUAUUCAAGUAUCUAUUCCUACAGACAGCCACGGUAGCUGGUUAUCCACUAAGAGGUUACACAUCCCCUGAGUCUUCAGUGUCUGCCGUUGGGAUGUCUGUGCAUAAGUUGUGUGGAUGUACCGUGAAAUAGUAUGUUUGUGAGGGAAUCUGGCACUAAUAGAUCAUAGUUGGGGUGUUACAAUAUGGCUUCACUCUGCUGACUGCAUAUAUAUGGGUGACAUUUUCCAGCACACAAGGAGAGCCUUAAUUGUUUUUUUAGGGUGCUAACACACAGAGAAUGGAUGUUUGGUAGGUACAGAGUAUAUAGCAGAGUGCAUUUUUACUUUGCUUACAGCAAUGGCUGUGUUAAAUGAAGCCUUUUCAGAAUUUGCUUUAGCACACACAGGCUGUACUUUUAAUAUUCACUCCAUGCCAUCUGGGAAACAGCAUGGAAAGCAUCCAUUUCUAGGUAGACAGCUACCCCAACCGUGAGAAAUGCUGCUUUGUGAGCAGAGCCGACCUGCUUGGAGACCUGGACAGGAAAGUUAUUUAAAUGUCUUUCUGGCAAUCUGAGUCUAUGGUCUGCCCAGUAUCUAAGAACAGCCUGAGCCUAGUUCUUUACCUUAAAGCCACUCAAACUGAUCCCAACAUGCUUUAAAACGUAACACAUCUUUGAGUGCCAUAGCCAAGGAUUCUGAGCAACUUGUCUCAAAGACUCUCACUGAUUCUCAGCUGGGAAGGAGUUACCAUUCUUAACUAGCCUGAUGAGGUCAUCAAGUGAUGAGAUAGUGAGUUUUUGCUAGUAUUCCCUUUGAUUGGUUCUGCAGAAGAAGACUUGAAUUAUUACCCCAGGAGAGAUGGCCUGGUGUCCUAUCUAGCUAUUAUAAUACAAAAUAAGCAAGUUAAGAAGCAAACGCUAACUACCAGAAAAGAAGACAUCUUACCAUUUUUGUAGAACCCUCAUUCUUAACCUGUUGUGUGUGGGGUUUUUUGUAUUGAAUCUCUGAUAGUCUGGUGAAGCCUGUGGGUGCCUUCCCAGAAUAAUAUUUCUAAAUGUAUAAAUAUAUAGAAUUAUAAUGGAAAUCAAUGACUUAAAUAUAGUUAUCUAAAUAUAAAAUAUAUUAAAAGUUAAAAAUUCAAGGACCCAAGGUUAAGAGCCCCUAUUAGAGCCUCUCUUAGAUGAGAUUAAAUUUACUGAAAACUUGAACUUAAAUGUUCAGAGAACUCACCCUGCCUUUGCCUAAGCAAUCUAUCCACCACGCUAAUCUGCCAUUCUAUAGAGAUUCAUAAUAGAGUUUAGUUAGCAGUUUAUCGCUGGCCCAUUUCAACCCCAGAAGUAGGUUUACUUGAUAAUGUUUAACAUAUAGUUUUAAACAAAUGGCUAUUUUACAUUCCUCAUAAUACCCACCAGCAGACAGGAAGGUAUUCCUGCAACAGAUGAAAGAGGAAGAAAUAAAGGCACAUGAAGAUAUACAAACAGAAUGAAGACAUUGAGUCAAAUUCUACCCUCAGUCCUGAAGUUAAAAUCCUGAAGUCCUAACCCUCAAAAUUAUAAAAAAAAAGUGUGAUAGAGGAGAAAGAAUUUGACUCAGGGAGUACAAUGACUUAAACCAUAGUAUCCGAUCUUUGGUUACAUUAGCCUUGAUUGUCCUUUGUGGAGAACUGUCUUUUUUUUUUUCCUUUUCUUUUUCCUUUUUUUUUUUUUUACUACCAUGUAGUAGAGUUGCAAAUUGUCAGUCUCAGAAGCUUUCAGUUCUUGUCAUCAUAGCUUGCAAUGUAAAGAUUUCCUUUGUCUAUUGUCAGUAUAGGCUCCCUUGUACAUAUUUAUUUAUUUUAGUGUCUUCAAGUGUUACUUUUUUUCAUAGCUUCAUACUGUCUGGCUUUGUUGUUUUAAUGAACUUUCCUUUGAAAGGGAAAUGAGAGGGUGGGGAGGGAAGAGAGAGAUAUUGUAUAUAUUUUCUAAACACUUUGUGAAAUAUUUUCUGUAGCACUCUCUUUGAUGAAGAAAAAUGACUGUGAGCAUAAAUUGAAAUUAGUAAGAAGUUAGCACAGUAGAUUUGCCAUUUUCCUGAAAUGGAAAAUAUUUUUCAAAUAAAUACUUAUGAUGUUAAUAUUCCAAAUUAUUAAAUUCUUUUAUGAGUGAAUGUUUUUGUUUCUGACUGUUCAAUAGGAAAAGAUUAUUUGACAGCUGGAAAAUAACCUGCCACCAAUUAAACAUGGGACAUAGAUUUCCUUUGCCAAAUCAA